AUGGAAAUUCAUAUGUCAAUUUUAUGGCAAAUGACUCUAGUUUUACCAUUCACAGCGAUUUGUGCAAAUGGAAUAGCAUAUGAUUUUCCUAGAUUAAUGUUUCUUCUGUUAGUAUAUUCGAUAAUUGUAACAGCCUAUUCUAUAUUUGAUCUUUUUGAAUAUCGUAUGGAAGCAGUGACUUCAGAAGAAGAAAAACUGAUGAAAAUGGCUCUACUCUACUUUAAAUACUUCUGUUACUUCAUCUUUAUUAUUACAGCAAUUUUAGGAAUGUUACAUUUAGAUUCAAACACAAACGAUUGGCAGUACAAGCAAAAAGUUGAAAAUGUAUGUAUGAUGAAUUUUUAAAAAUAUAACUAAAAAUAUAUGUUUUUUCUAGAAAUUUGGAACAAUGCCAAUUUAUGUUUGGUGCGAUAAUUGUAUUUUCGCAAUCGCUGAUUCUUUAAUAGUUAUAAUUUUCUAUGGUUCUAGUGUUUGCUCUGUUCUUUUAUCUAUGGAAUAUGCUUUUUUCACUAUUAUUAUCUCAAUGGUUGGACUGAAUAAAAUGAAAAAAUCAAUGUCUUCGAAAACAUUAGCAAUGCAAAGGAAUUUUCUAAUUAGCCUAUUUCUCAUGGUAUGUCAAUUUGAAUGUUUCUAGAAACUAGGAGAUUUGUUUCCGAAUUGCCACGUGCACAGCCCACGUCAGUUGUACUCAUUUUCUGAAUAAUGUCUACUUAUAUGAUAAUAUUCAUACAUUCAGAGUGCCGUUCAUCUUGCAUUCAUCGCAGUACCCAGCGGGAUUUACCUAACAACAUUUUUCGUUACAUAUCCAAUUGAAUAUAUGCGUGAGAAUCGUUUUUCUUGAUUAACAUUAAAUCAAAUUUAAAAUACAUAAUUUCAGCAUUAAGUUAUCUUUGUGUCGCUCUAGUUACCCAGCACGGUUCUGGCUCAACAUUCAUUCUUCUUACGACAAAUAACUCUUUGCGAAAAGUUGCUGUGGAAAUCGGUAAUGUUUAUGUUUUCUGA